UUAGAUAAGAAGAUACCCCAUUUCCUUUUAUAUAAAAAACAACCCUAAACUUAUUAACUUUUCAUUCAUCACUACAACAUCAUCAAACACAUUACAUUACUGAUUACUCUCACUUUCCCCUUUCUACUUUAGCAAUGGCUUCCUCCACUAUGGCUCUCUCUUCCCCUUCUCUCGCCGGGAAGGCUGUAAAGCUCGGCCCAACCGCCUCGGAAAUCAUUGGUGAGGGAAGGAUCACCAUGAGGAAGACUGCAGGAAAGCCCAAAACUGUUCAAUCAAGCAGCCCAUGGUACGGCCCAGACCGUGUUAAGUACUUGGGCCCAUUCUCCGGUGAGGCCCCAUCAUACCUCACCGGUGAGUUCCCUGGUGACUACGGUUGGGACACUGCUGGGCUUUCAGCUGACCCAGAAACCUUCGCUAAGAACCGUGAGCUUGAAGUUAUCCACUGCAGGUGGGCUAUGUUGGGAGCAUUGGGUUGUGUUUUCCCAGAGCUCUUGGCCCGUAAUGGUGUUAAGUUCGGUGAGGCCGUUUGGUUUAAGGCGGGUUCACAAAUCUUUAGCGAGGGUGGGCUUGACUACUUGGGUAACCCAAGUUUGGUCCAUGCUCAAAGUAUCCUUGCUAUUUGGGCCUGCCAAGUUAUCUUGAUGGGUGCUGUUGAGGGGUACCGUAUUGCUGGUGGGCCUCUUGGUGAGGUGGUUGACCCACUUUACCCUGGUGGUAGCUUUGACCCAUUGGGCUUGGCUGAUGACCCAGAAGCCUUCGCUGAGUUGAAGGUGAAGGAAAUUAAGAAUGGUAGGUUGGCUAUGUUUUCCAUGUUUGGGUUCUUUGUUCAAGCUAUUGUUACCGGAAAGGGCCCAUUGGAAAACCUCGCUGACCACCUUGCUGACCCGGUUAACAACAAUGCUUGGAACUUUGCCACCAACUUUGUCCCCGGAAAGUGAAGGGGUAGUUUCUAGGAUGUUAGGGAAGGUCGAGAAGGUGUUGUUUUCACAGUUUAGAACUUCUUGUGCUUCAAUGUAAAUUUGUGUUUGGUCCAGAUUAAUGAAUGAAUAUAAUGCUUAUUUUGCUACAA